GUUCAACUUCCUGAUGCUGAAGAUGCCUCCACUAUACGUGCGGCAUCAAUGCACUUCUCCGACAGUGAGGACCAAGAUGCCGGUUUCGAAUAUAACGAGCGCCACGGAGACUAUUCUUCUCGCAUAGAAGAACUGCUAGAUGAUGAAGCUGAGAGAUGUGUUGGGUCACGACACUGAUGACGAUUCGGACAUGGAUACGAGGGAGGUGGAGCAAUCUCUUCUUAUUAGUGACGACUCUACGAAUAAGGAAGACAUAACGAAUGUCGACGCUUUGUCCGACAAUGCACCAUCCAGUCCAGAUGCGUUGCCUGCUGUCUCCUCGCGAAUGGGUACUCCUGAUCCUAGUGGAAGCAAUGGUCUCGCACGACCCUUUCUCCACCCAAAUGUAUCCCGACUUCGGUCAUACACUCCUCAGUCGUCUCGCAUUUCUUCGACGAAUGUCCUCUUUAUCUAAUCUUCACACUGCGUCUUGGACCGAAGAGAAUGGCACUUCCUCUUUAAAGCUACCCCAGACAGACGUCUUCAAAUGGACCCAACUGCGUGU